AUGACUGGCAGCAGUUGGGUGAGUCAGAAACGUGUGUUGAAAACUCUGGGACCAUUGACCCGGCCGGAGUUCCAGUCCGAGCACCAGCCCGAGCUCCAGCCAGAGUUCCAGCCAGAGUUCCAGCCAGAGCACCAGCCAGAGCUCCAGCCCGAGCUCCAGCCAGAGUUCCAGCCAGAGUUCCAGCCAGAGUUCCAGCCAGAGUUAAACCCAGAUUUACAGUCCGAGCACCAGCCCGAGCUCCAGCCCGAGUACCAGCCCAAGCUCCAGCCAGAGCUCCAGCCAGAGUUCCAGCCAGAGCACCAGCCAGAGCUCCAGCCCGAGCUCCAGCCAGAGUUCCAGCCAGAGUUCCAGCCAGAGUUCCAGCCAGAGUUAAACCCAGAUUUACAGUCCGAGCACCAGCCCGAGCUCCAGCCCGAGUACCAGCCCAAGCUCCAGCCAGAGCUCCAGCCAGAGUUAAUUCCGGCCAAAGUUAGGGUUACUUUCCAAGUUGAAGUGAACCUUUCCAGAGUGGGAAGUCGGAACUGCUGA